AUGUUCCAGCCGUCUGCGAAGCGCUGCUUCACCAUCGAGUCCCUGGUGGGCAAGGACACCCCCCUGGGCCCCGAGGACCCCCCUCGCCCCGCCGCCCUCGCCUACCCCGGCCCCGCCGCCGCCGCCGACGCCGCCGCCUUCGCCCCCGGCUUCCAGGGAGCCGCGGGCCGGGCCCUGUACGGCAGCGCCGAGCUCGUCUUCCCCGAGGCCGUGGGGCACCCUGCGCUGCCCGUCGGGCCCCCCCAGCUGGGGGGCUCGGCCCUGCCUCACCCGCACCCCUUCUUCGGGCCGCAGCACCGCGACCCGCUCAACUUUUACCCCUGGGUGCUGCGGAACCGCUUCUUCGGCCACCGCUUCCAAGGGAGCGAGGUGUCCCAGGAGAGCCUCCUGCUGCACGGCCCCUUCGCCCGCAAGCCCAAGCGCAUCCGCACGGCCUUUUCCCCAUCGCAGCUGCUGCGCCUGGAGAGAGCCUUCGAGAAGAAUCACUACGUGGUGGGAGCCGAGCGCAAGCAGCUGGCCAGCAGCCUCAGCCUGUCCGAGACGCAGGUGAAGGUGUGGUUCCAGAACAGGUGUGGUUCCAGAACAGGUGUGGUUCUGACCCAGCUGUUCAUCCCCCAACCCCGCUGUCUGUGCCAGGUGAAGGUGUGGUUCCAGAACAGGAGGACGAAGUACAAACGGCAGAAGCUGGAGGAGGAAGGCCCCGACUCGGAGCAGAAGAAGAAGGGCUCUCACCACAUCAACCGAUGGCGCCUCGCCACCAAGCAGUCGAGCGGAGAAGACAUCGACGUCACCUCCAACGACUAAAGCAGGGCCAGGCUCCUGCUGCGGCCACCAUGGCCAGGAGCCCGGGCCAGCCCGGGGGGACACAGGCGGUGCCACCCGCGGGACUCUAGGACGCGGCCCAAGCCGCCAGGCCCGCGGCCUUUGCUCGGGGCGGGGUGUGAGCGCGUCCCCCCGGCCCCCCCGGCCCUCGAGG